AUGGUUGAGUUGGAAAAACGCUUGGAAGCUGACAGGGUUCAAGUCAGGGUUGAUAGGGCUGCUUUUGAGCAAGUGGUUACAUAUCUUCUCCAUUCGUCGGAGUUCGACAAAGUCUUGGGUGAUGUGUACACCAAGCUUCUUGCUCAUGUGAGACACCAAGGUAUUGUAGAUUUGUACGGUGCGCGUUAUUUGAGAAAGCCCACAUGGUACGACAUUCAACAAAUUUACGAGGUCCAUUCUAAUCUCCAUGGUUUACCGGGCAUGAUCGGGAGCUUGGGUUGUCGUCAUUGGCAGUGGUAUAAUUGUUCGACCGCAUGGCGAGGUCAACACACACGAGCUGACCAAGACGGACCAACUAUUAUUCUUCAAGCGGUUGCCUCACAGGGCCUUUGGGUUUGGUCAGCUUACUUUGGCGUGGCAAGGUCAUGUAAUGAUAUAAACGUUUUCGAGCAAUCUCCAUUCGUAGAGGACUAUAUUUCUGGUAGAGCUGUGAAGGCAUCUUUUUAUGCAAACGGGAGCUACUACCCGCACGGAUACUAUUUGUGUGAUGGAAUUUAUCCUAAAUAUUCGAUUGUCGUGAAGACGUUUAGGGACCCGUACGAUGAAAAACGAGCUUACUUUGAAAAAGUUCAAGAGUUUUCGCAGAAGGAUAUUGAGAGAUGCUUUGGGGUUCUUCAACAACGGUGA